UCAAAAGCAAAAAUAGAUGUUCACUCAGACAGAUUUGGAUUCCCCUAUGGUGCAGCAGAUAUAGUUUGCUUGGAACCCCAAAACUGUGAUCCGACACAUGUAUCAAUUCAUCAGUCUCCAGAUGGAGAUAUUGACCAGCUGUCCAGGUUUGAAAUAAAAAAUCGCAAAGCAGAGCCCUUCUCUGUUGACUUCACAGUGUGCAUCUCUACCAUGUUUGGGAAUUACAACAAUGUCUUACAGUUUAUACAGAGUAUGGAAAUGUACAGGAUCCUUGGGGUACAGAAAGUGAUGAUCUACAAGAACAACUGCAGCCAGAUGAUGGAGAAAGUCCUGAAGUUUUAUUUGGAAGAAGGAACUGUAGAGGUAAUUCCCUGGCCAAUAAACUCAUAUCUCAAGGUUUCUUCUAAAUGGCGCUUCAUGCAAGAUGAAACACACAUUGGCUACUAUGGACAAAUCACAGCUCUAAAUGACUGUAUAUACCGCAACAUGUGGAGGAGCAGGUUUGUGGUUCUUAAUGAUGCUGAUGAAAUAAUUCUUCCCCUGAAGCACUCGGACUGGAAAACAAUGAUGAGCAGCCUUCAGGAGCAGAACCCAGGAAGUGGUGUUUUCCUCUUUGAGAACCAUAUCUUCCCAACAACCGUAUCCACUCCCAUGUUCAACAUAUCAACUUGGAACACUGUUCCAGGCAUUAACAUACUACAGCAUGUUCACAGAGAGCCAGACAGGAAAGAGGUAAUCAAUCCCAAGAAAAUGAUAGUUGAUCCAAGAAAGGUGAUUCAGACUUCAGUCCACUCUGUCCUACAGGCUUAUGGGACCAGUGUGAACGUUCCAAUGGAUGUUGCCCUAGUUUAUCACUGUCGGGUGCCCCUUCAAAGAAACCUUCCCAGAGAAUCUCUCAUCAGGGAUACAACGUUGUGGAGAUACAACUCAUCGUUACUCAUGAAUGUUAACAGAGUUCUCUAUCAGACAGUGCUGUAAGGUCAGAAGUGCAACUUUGUCUGCAAAAAGCAAAAGUGGAGAGUUGCCUGUGUCCCAGGGAGGCAUAGGAUAUCUUUAAAGAUCACAUUCAAAUCUGUUGCUCGUGAUGAUU